AUGCUUGCCCUCUUGUUCGUCGUUGCCUACGGUAUAGCCCUGGCAGUUUGUCAAAGCAGCCACGCCACCGCUUCUUUCGCGUAUCAAGGAUGUUCUUCUGUCGAUCUAUCCUGUUUUACGUCUCCUUAUAGUGAAUGCCGAUGCGGAGACGAUUCUGGGGUAAUCAAAUCAGUGGAUGAGAGUGUUUGCAACUAUGCCUGCAUGGGUGAUUCGUCCUAUGGCAUGUGUGGGACCGUCUGUCCAGACGAGGGACGGGGAAUCGCGAAUGUCUACAUCAAGACCGAGGGGAUUACCCAGGACCCUCAAACCCAGACACUGCCUACAAGUUCUGCAAGUGACGCAUAUGAAGAUACUUGGACCUCGGCUCCAUGUGCCUCCUCAGCACCCGUCGAUUAUACUACAGCUCAAGCUGAGGGAAUGAUCACCCCAGUUGGCUCGGCACCAGAGGUGCCAACGACUUUUACCUUUGUCAUUACUUCGUCCAGCUCUGGCCCAUGCGAAGAGUCCAACACUCCGGCAUUGUCGUCAAUGGCGCUCACUACACCCUGCCCAUUGGAGGACACUUCGAGCACCACCGAGUCACCUCUCGUGACGGUUGCAUCACAGACUACUACCACAUGUGAGGAGGGGCCCUUGGAAGACAAUGCCAGCAGCACAAACUUCCCAGAAUCUACUUGUCAAGAUUCAACCACUGCAAGUCCUCCGAUAUACACCUCUGGGGCACAGUCUGCAGCCUCAUCUCCGACUCAACCGCAGCCGUACACAUCUGAACAGCGGCCAACUGAUCCUGCCAGUAAUACCUCCAACCUGUCUACAACAAUCCCAAGCUACUCUUCCGCGAGCACACAAUGGGCACGUCCGUCCGACAUUUUUGAGCCGAGUGGGCAGCCAUCAGUGCCGGCACAGGUUCCUGGGUCAGACUCAACUCACAGUAUGGUUCCGCCGCUGUCGACCAUUGGAGGGUUGGCUCUGAUUGCAGCAAUCAUCGUGUAA